AGGAGAAUUCAGUGAUGGAUCCAAUGAAGCAGGAGGCAUCUAUCAAGUCUUGGAAAUACCCUACGAGGGAGAUGAGUUCAGCAUGAUGAUCGUUCUCUCCAGGCAGGAAGUGCCACUAGCCACCCUGGAGCCUUUGGUCAAAGCCCAGCUGAUCGAGGAAUGGGCAACCUCUGUGAAGAAACAAAAGGUUGAGGUGUAUCUGCCAAGGUUCACAAUAGAACAGGAAAUUGAUCUGAAGGAUGCUUUGAAAGGGGUUGGAAUUACAGAAGUAUUCAGCCAAAGUGCUGAUCUCACUGCAAUGUCUGACAACAAAGAGCUUUACCUGUCAAAAGCUGUUCACAAAUCUAUCCUUGAAGUUAAUGAAGAAGGUUCGGAAGCUGCUGCUGCUUCAGGAAUGAUUGCAAUUAGUAGAAUGGCUGUGCUGUACCCCCAAAUUAUAGUGGACCAUCCAUUCUUAUUUCUGGUCCGGAACAGAAUAAAAGGUACCAUCAUUUUCAUGGGGAGAGUAAUGAACCCAGAAGCGAUGAAUCCGAGUGUGCAUGAUUUCGAAGAACUUUAAUAUCUUCACAGGUUUAACCACAUUCUCACAAAAGAAAACAAGCACACUGAGUUUGCAAUUGAUGUAUUUAAGGUUUUCCAUGUGGUGGUUUACUUUUUUUUUUUUUUUUUAGUUCUCUCUUUUUGGCAAUGUUACCUUUGAGAUACUAUUUAAAAAGACAAACCGUUUCCAGGUCUAACUUCAGCUAUGAAAUUGCAGACCACAGUUGUGGAAGGGAAGCUUUCGGUAUUAAAAUAUAUGUUGUUGUCUCUGUGAUUUAUUGUGUUGGUCCUUUAAAAUAAAAAUUUAAAAAUAUCCAUGCUAGUGACCAUCUUCUUCUCUUGGGAAUUAAUACCUAAUUGCCUCUCACAUGAAGCCAGUCCAAAUUUCUAUAGUAGAACAUACUUAUGUGCCAUUGGGAAUUAAUUAGUUAAUUAAUUGUUAAGGCUCUUUGAAGCCUAGAUAAUAACCCCAAGGUGCUCAGAUUUUUGAAGAUACAAGGUAUUGAGAACACAUUCCAGAAGUGGGAAGAGCUUAGAUUAGUGUUUUUCAAUCUCAGCAACUUUAAGAUGGAUGGAUUUCAAUUCCUAGAACUCUUCAGGAACCAUACAAACUGAGGAAUUCUGGGAGUUGAAGUCCACGCAGCAUAAAGUUGCUAGGGUUGAGAAACAAUGGCCUGGAUAAACAUUAGAGCGGCUGAGACCAUAACUAAUUUGGAUAUGUUUUAAUAUAAAUGUAAUUAAAAUUGAAUUAAGUCAAUAUGACCAUUCCCCAUAUAUUGUGUGCAUUUCCCAAAAUGUCACAAUAAAAUGUACAAUUCAGCAUUGUACAUUGCAGAGCAUUUAGCUAAAAUUCUAGACUUCUGUUACCUAAAGCCACUAUUUUCCAACUUGGGCAACCUUCAGGAAUAUGGACUCCGAUUUCCAGAAUUUCUCAGCAAUUACUGAGAACUCUGGAAAUUGAAUGCCAUACAACUAUAAGAUGCCCAGGUUGGUAAAUGCUAAUUAAUCUAACUCAUGGUGGAAAUAAUCCAUUACAUCUCUGUAUGGUCCACCACUCUGUUUUAUCUUCUUCUAUAAUGUGUCAUCUGCCACUGACUCAGUGGUGGGAUCCUAGCACUUUAACAACCCGUUUGGUGAUCACGCGCUUUGCUGCGUGUGCGCAGUUUUGAGAAAACUUGCCUUCUGCAUUACUGCUGGGGAGCAAAAUAGCUGAGACUCAGCAGUCCACUCUGCCUUGUGACUAAUCUGUGAUAUAGGUCAGUAUAGCGCAGGGGCGGGUGGACAGGCCAACUUGAUUGUGGGAGCAAACCGGUUCACUCCCAGCUGAUCGUUGGAGCUACCAGCUUGCCCGAACCGGUCGGAACCAGUAGAAUCUCACCCCUGCACUGACUCCUAUGCAAAUGCCAGGGAAGUGAGGAAGACUCCUUCAGGAAAAACAGGCAAGGUUCCCAGGAUUAAGCAUGGAAAAUACAGCACUGGAGGGUUUUCAGAAAGAAUUAUUCCAGAACCAAACUCUGUCUUGCGUCAGAAAAGGCAAGAGUUUCAGAAUAUGUCGAAAACCCCACAGUGAUGUCUGAUCCUAAUGCAUUUAUAGAAGAUCAGUGACAGAGGUCAUAUGAUCUCUUGAAAGUAGGGGAAGUGUUACAGUACUGAGGCAGUGCAUGAAGACAUACUGCAGCUUUAA